CGGCACUGGGAAGCUGGCACAGGCGGUCGGAAGACGAUGGCGAGGAUUCGAUACAUUCGUAUCUCUAUCUUUCAAUUUUCUGCUCAAGGCGCGGGAUAUUGCACUUGCUCACGCGACUCCCCUUCGUCCGCCGCACAAAUGCCAACAUCCAAGACUGAACAAGAGCGACGUCCGGUCAUGAAUAGGGGUCCUCCCAUUUGUCUUUCCACCCUGUCUUCAACUCUUGUCAUGAGGCCUUUGUCUGUAGACGCAAAGACAUACACUUUAGUCAGAAGCCUUUUCAUGGCGUCUGCUUGAGUUUACGACAAGGAGAAGGGACGAGUUGCUGCGAUCGACGAGUAUUUGUUCCCCCUUUUUGGCGACACAUUUAUGUCGACCGGGGUCAAGCCUGAUGAAGUUUUAUUCGAAUACUGCAUAGCACAUGUGGCAAUGCGGGGAGUAAAAAAUGAAAUUGGAACAG